CUCUUCUUUUUGCGCCACUUUUCUUCUCCUCUCUCCCUCGACCAAAUCGUUGGCCUCCAUAACUUGCGUCCUUGUCCUCUCCGUUCCCCCGCACGCCUCCCCCUCGUGCCCCUCGCCGUCGUCGCCCCGCCGUACCCGACUCCGCCGCCGGGACCGCCCGGACCCGCGCCCCUUGCCGACCCCGCCGCGGCCUAGACAGGUUUCCAAGAAAAUGGCAAGAAAUGCAAGGGCAAAGAGGCAUGCGGCUCGUCGUCUCAGGGCCACGCCGUAUCCCAUUCCUUCAUACCGCUGGAAAGCAAUGAAAGGAGCCAACCGGAAGAAAGCACUGCCAACUGUGCAGAAGAUGGACUGGGAAGAUGCCAACUGCUCUGUAUGCAUGGAAUACCCACACAAUGCUGUGCUUCUCCUUUGUUCGUCUCAUGACAAGGGCUGCCGCCCUUACAUGUGUGGAACGAGCUACCGGCACUCAAAUUGCCUCGAUCAGUUCAAGAAGGCAUACACCAAGGGGGCAUUGCUUGAGGAACUGCCUGCCAGCACUGUUGGCAGUACCUUGGACUUUGUGCCAUUGACUGCAGUCGAGAAGACUGAGUCCAUUGACCUCGCAUGCCCAUUGUGUCGUGGCAAAGUGAAGGGGUGGACUGUGGUAGAACCUGCUCGAAGUUACCUGAAUGGGAAAAGGAGAACAUGCAUGCAGGAUGGCUGCUCGUUUGUGGGGACGUACAAGGAACUCCGCAAGCAUGUGAAGUUGGAGCACCCUCUUGUGCAGCCAAGGGAAGUGGAUCCUGCCGUGGAACAGAAGUGGAGAUCGCUCGAGUUUGAAAGAGAGAGGGAAGACGCACUCAGCACGGUCACUUCAUCAAUGGGGAGGGCAGUGGUUUGGGGUGACUAUGUGUUGGACCUGGAGGAUGGAGCGGACUUGGAGGACGAAGACAGCGACGACGACGAUCGUGGCAAUGACCGGGAGGCGGAUAACGCUCGGAGGUUGAUAAUAUUCAUGAUGCGUCAAGUUGCUCAGCGACAUCGAACGCAAAGUCUCCAGAGUCCAAGUGGCAUGCCUGGAAAUGCCGAUGAAGAUUAUGCGGUUAGCGGUGGUGGUGCCAACGAGACCACCCCAUACCCUUUCACCUCGGAGGGCGACGACGAGGAUGAUAUGGCUCUGGCCGGAGCAGGAGGCGCGGGUAUGCUUAGAUCAGACAGGCGUCGCCGGCGACGCCGUAGGAACCGUGGAAGACUGUUUUUAGAUUCUAAUUGAGAAGGCAGGGGCUCUGUCACCAGAGUACAUGCACAGCUGAUUCCCUGGUGCCUGGCAUUCAUCAAUUCCAACCAAAAUUUACUUGUUCAUGAUCAUUGUACCAAAGUAGUUUGUCUUAACCUCAGCUCAUUGCUUUCCAUCAACCAUGUAUCAUUUUCACAUUCUUUGCUGAAAAAGGAAAAUGCCGCAUCCAUCUUGUGCGGCUUGUGUA